AAGAAUGCCUAAUUUUGCCGCCAACUCUUUCCUUUCUUCCUCUUUUAUUACGUACGCAGAAAAGCAUGUCAAUCAACGCAAACAAUCCUUUUCCUUUCCUUCCCUUCCCUUUUCUUCCUUCUCAACCAAAAAUGAACCCCUUCUCUUUUCUCUCUCUCUCUCUAUAUACAUACAUAUAUAUCAUCACCGGGCAAGUCUCACCAUCCAUCAUUGCGAACUCUACAAACCUUCCUUUCAUUUCUUUCCGGUUUCAUCUCCUUCUUCUUUUCUUUUUCUUUUUUCUUUUUAUAACAAAAGAUGGAGUCUCAAGAACCAAAGGUUACCGGCUCCCCUUUGAUGUACUCCAACCGGGUGACGUUGAAAACCAUAUUGGAAAGUAGUGAUGGCGAGAUGGUGUUGGUUGGUGAGACCGUGGUGGUUGGUGGGUGGGUCAAAUGUUACAAGGAGGUGAAGAAGCACCGUGCUUCCGACACUGACCAUGCCUCUCCGGGGCGUCAAGGCUUAACCUGUUUGGGUAUUCUUAAAUCUCGAAUCCCACGUUUCAGGACUAUUAUUAGGAUUUUGUGUGGUCCUGCUAGUUCCCCAGCUGUUCGAGAAGAGCUCGAGCCUUUGGUUCCCAAACCAACACUUCCUUCCACUUUCUUUCUACAAAUUAAUGAUGGCUCUUGCACUUCAUGUCUUCAAGUCGUGAUUGAUUCAACGAUAGCUCCAGUAUCUGCAGGCCAGAUUCUACCGACUGGAACAUGUAUAUUAGCCCGGGGUGUCUUGGAAAAACUUUCAGCUAAUGAGAAACAAAUAAUUCAGCUUAAAGCAGAAAAGAUUCUUCAUGUUGGAACUGUUGAGCAAGAUAAGUAUCCUUUGUCAAGGGAAAGACUACCUCUUGAUUCUUUAAGGGAGUAUCCCCAUAUUCGUCCCAGGACAACUAUGGUGUCAUGUGUUACACGAAUUCGGGCCCUAGAUUUUGCAACCCACACAUUCUUCCAGAAAUAUGGUUUCCUACAUGUGCAAGUGCCAAUCAUCACAACUACAGACACUGAAGGGUUUAGUGAAAAGUUUCAUGUUACAACUCUUUUGGGAAAAACAAGCAAGGAAAAGGAGCCGGUCGGUGUUAGUGAUGCUGAUGUUGUUAGCCUUGAAACUGCUAAGGCAGCUGUUAAGGAGAAAUCAGCGGUAAUUGAACAACUCAAGAGAAGUGACGGGAAUAAAGAGUCACUUAUUGUAGCAGUUCAGGAUCUGCAGAAAACAAAUGAAUUAGCACGGCAGAUCGAAGCAAGAGAAAAAUCCAAACCAGUAACUGCAGUGAAGCCUGACUUACUGAACUUCAAUGAUGAUUUCUUUGGUCGCCCUAGUUAUUUAACUGUCUCUGGUCGCUUGCAUUUGGAGAGCUAUGCAUGUGAUAUUGGAAAUGUCUACUCAUUCGGACCCAGAUUUCAAGCUGAUAAAACAGUGUCCUCCAAACAUGUGGCUGAAAUGUGGACUGUUGAGGUAGAAAUGGCUUUCUCAGAGUUAGGGGACGCUAUGGAAUGUGCAGAGGACUAUUUCAAAUUUCUCUGCAAAUGGAUAUUGGAUAACUGUCCAGAAUACAUGAAGUUUGUCUCAAAAACAAUUGACAAUACUAUUACUCAUCGUCUUGAAUACAUGACGACAAGUUCUUAUGACAAGAUUUCCUAUGGAGAGGCAGUAGAAAUUUUGAGAAAGGUCCCAGAUAAGGCUUUUGAAACACAACUACAGUGGGGCGUCCCUUUGACAGCCGAACAUCUAAGCUACUUGGCCGAUGAUCACUAUCAGAGGCCUGUAAUUAUUUAUGAUUAUCCAAAAGCAGUUAAGCCAUUUUAUGUACGCUUGAAUGAAGAUGGAAAAACAGUUGCGGCCUUUGAGCUGGUUGUACCCAAGAUUGGAACAGUGAUAACAGGGAGCCAAAAUGAAGAGAGCUUUAACGUGCUAAAUACAAGGAUCACGGAAUUUGACUUGUCAAUAGAUCAAUAUGAAUGGUACCUAGAUCUUCGCCGGCAUGGAACCGUCAAGCACUCUGGAUUUAGCCUACGGUUUGACCUGAUGGUUCUCCUUACCACCGGCCUCAUUGAUGUCAGAGAUGUAAUUCCUUUUCCUAGAAGUCACGGCAAAGCCAACAGCUAAGGUCCUUUAAUGUAAUAUGAUUAGGGGCUAAAACUUAAAAGCUGAAUUUACAAAAUUGAAUAUUGUGUAAGGUUCUUCUGAUCCUAUUGAUCGAGUCUUAACUCGAUUGGUAUCAGCAUUAUUGUCAGUGUAAGAGAACAUGGAUUUAAGGUGCUGGAGCACAUUAUCCUCAUGUAUAAAAGUUGAGAGAGGCUAUUGAUAGUUGUA